AUGUACGCCCCAUUAAUCGCAUUGGAUGUGUUUCAAAAACCUGGUCGUCUUGGUGAUCAUGAAGGAUUAGACAUGUUCGUGUCUAUAGGGAAGCAAAAGUCUCUUGAAUAUUACGAUAGGGCGACGGCAUGCCGGGGUGUUGAAGGCGGGAAAAUGAAACAGCUGCUAGGCCACAUUGAUAUCUUCGAAUCGGCGAAAGGGCUACUAUAUUCCUGCAAAAGCGAAGGCACUGGUUUAGCGGAUAUCGAUCAAACAAAUCAGUUAGCAUUGGGUUUCUUCGUGCGUGAAUGUUACGAACCUCACGGCUCUUCUGAAACGGUUUCCGAAACGGUUUGA